AUGCGCUGCGAUAAGAUGAAGCCCGGAUGCUCGAGGUGUAAAGCCAAGGGUAUUGAAUGUCACUAUGUCACCAAGUCAGUGAAGGUUGCCAGUAACAACCACCGAAUCCGUCGCAAUGCGCCAGAGAAACAGACUGAUGCGGGGGAUACGUUUUUAUUACCUCCCUCGGACAUUCAGUAUCAUGUGCACUCAAAUGACGAUGAUGUUACAAGCGGCGACAAUGCGCUUGUUAUAUCAGAAACCCACGUCGCCGACCACGAUGGAACCUUUGUCGAUUGGAACAUCUCAGAUAUUGAUGUAAGCGGGUUUGCCAUCCCUGAAAUAAACAAUAGUUACCACGCGCCAUACACCGAUACUACAUCUAUCGUUGAUCAAGUCCACGCCGUAAAUUGGUCUAUACCGUCACAGCCAACAUCAAAUCCAAGGUAUCUCAAUCAUCGGCCGAAAGGUCCACCAGAUGCACAAAGAACGGUCUCUCUGAUUCAACAAACUUUGAAGUCCUACCUCCUGACAAUGAUGCGCCAUAACGCCCUACCCCCAUUCAUCCAUUCAAGUCUCACAAAAGACUCAUUGGAAUUGGAGGCACUGGACAACUGCAUUACUCUGGUGCAUAUGAUUAGCAGUGGGACAAGAGGAAGCCGAAAGCUUUUUUGGAAGAAUGUGAAGAUAGAAUGUGAGCGGCUGCAUAGCGAGGCUUGGAACUUAUCAAAGUGGGGACUGCUAGCCGCUAUGCAAUCGGUGUCGAUUUACAUCCUGUUCAGGCUGGAUGAGGGCGAGGCAGAGUACAAUAAUUUCGAUUCGCUGAUGCUUGCAACAGUUGCAGUAAACUUUAUCCUUACUUUGCAGUCUACUUUGUAUUUUCGUGAAUUUUCUAACGACUAUAUACAGGUCAUAGCCCAGCAACUUACCCAAAACGAUAUGGCAAGCAACUACAGCCUGGGUCAAAAUUGGAACGAUUGGCUUUAUGAAGAAUCAAGACGAAGAUUGGCGGUCAUCUAUCGAGUCAUGAACAUAUUGGUGUACUUUGACCCUGCAAAAAUGUGCAAUUUGCCCUCAGAUCUAGUAUUGGCACCACUCCCGACGAAGAAAGAGCUCUGGGAAGCGAGUGAUGAGCGGGCUUGGAAUUCGGAGUGCCAGAGGAAUCCUGCAGGAAGAACUGACUUUGGUCUGGCAAAGGGUGGAGAGCUCAUAAGACUAGGUAGUGAUUGCAGGGGUGACACAUUAGUUCAUACUGCUAUCACUUCCACCAGUCCGUUGCGACACUGUGCGAGCUGGGAGGAAUGGUGUUCUGGAAUGGAUGGGUUUGGGCGCCUUAUUAUGCUUACUGCUUUAUUGGCACAGUAG